AUGACGACGGAGCUCUCGCCGAUCAAGUCCAAGCGAAUGGAGGAGAAAGCGUCGCUCCAGAAACUCAACUCGCGGCUGGAAAUGUACGUAUUAGGCGUCAACGAGCUCGAAGGCGCGAAACACGCCGCCGAGCGCGAGUUGGCAGUCAUCAAGCAGCGGAUGCAGCAAGACCUCGAGCGUGUACGCUCGAGACUGACAAAGGAACUGGAGGACACACGCACCAAACUGAACAACGAAAUGGACCAGAACGCACGUUUGCAGACGCUCGAGCAGGAACAGCACAAGGAACUGGUGAAAUUACGUGCCCAGCAGACGGAAUGGAGCGACGCCAAAGUGCAGCUUGAGACGCUGAAAGCACAGCUGAUUGGUGAAAAAGCGAAUGCUAAAGCGGCCAAAGAGACGCUGUCGGAACAAACGACGUUGUUGAAUGCCGCUCAACGACGCGUGAAGGAGCUGGAGCGUGAAACGCGCAGCCAAGCAGCAGCACUGAGUGACGCUACGCAAGAGUUGGAAGAGCUGAAAAAGAAGAGCGCGGACUUUGACUUGACUCGAGAUGUCGAGCUGACGAAGCUUCGACGGGAGUGGACAGCAAAGCAAUUGGAGUCGCAGGCCCAGUGGAAGAAAGACGCGGAAGAUCGACUGCAUAUGAUGGAGACAGAAGUGCGUAGUCACUUUGAGAGUGUCGUGAGCAGUUUGCAGAACCAGCUGGAUGACGUGAAAAGCGAGCUCGAGAGCACAAAGCAGGAACUCGAUCGGACAGCGACGGAUUAUGAGGAGAGUCUCAAGGCACGACAAGCGCUUACUGAGAAAGUGGCGCAGCUGGAGCGCGAUUAUCGCGAAGUGCGAUCGAAGUCGACGAAAGACCGAAAAGCAUACGAAGAAACGCUGGAGCGGUUUCGGUCAUCCAAGAUCUCGAAAGAACGCGAGUUCAAUGAACUGAUGGACGUGAAGAUUGCGUUGGAUGCUGAGAUCAUGAAGUACCGCCGCAUUUUGGACCGCGAAGAGAGCCGCGUGGCAGGUGCGACGCCGACCGCGAAAGACCGCAAGCGAAAGAGUGAGAACACGAACGGUCUGCAAUCGAAGCGAGCAAAGCGUGCGGUUGUAUUUGAGAAAGAAGGUUUGUGGCCGCCAGCGUCUACAGUGGAAAUUGCGUCAAUGGACUUGGAAAAGGACCGGAUUGUGCUACGAAACACAGGUAGCAAGCCUGUGCCUCUCGGCGGGUGGGUCGUACGUGGUCAGAUGGACCAGACGUUCCGUUUUCCGGCCACUUACGUCAUGCGGCCACAGUCCACGCUGACCGUGCACUCUAGUAAACGGAACAAGAACGCAAAGGAGGAGCGCAAGAAAGGCGAGGACUCGUUUUUGGCGAACAAGUUUUCGCUGAACCAGAAAGGUGACUUCAUUGUCCUCGUGACGUCGGAUGACGUUCCUGUGAGCAUGAAAAGCGAAGGAUUGUCCGAAGAGGAGGUGCGCGCCAUUGAGGCGGAUAUUCGCGCAGAUUACACGGAUGACGAAGCCCCUCCUUCUGGAAAUUGCAGCAUGAUGUAA